AUUGGGAACUGUCCAAAUGCCACCUGGCAGCAGUGACUGAGAAAGGUUAUCUUGUCAAUGGACAGUUGAUUGCAACUCAGAAGGAACGAGAGUGCAGUUGCUGCCACAUGGGAGUGAAAUAAAGGUGUCAUACUGGAGCACAGUGGCACAAGAACUGUUAAAUGCAAUGAUGAAUUCAAGGAAUCAUCAUUCCCUUCAGCAAUAAGAGCCUAUUCCUCAGCAGGGGUCCAGCUUCCUCUUCAAAUGAACUUCAAGACUACCAACCUCCACUUACCUCCUUGUAUACAGAGGAGGGUCCAAUAGAGACAGCCAAACUCAGUUAUGCAGACAAAUUCAGGCUUACCGUCUCAUUUGAAAUAGUGUGGCUAUAAGAGUUGUUGCUGCAGUGUUCUGACUACCAGACCUUUACUAACAUGGGCAACCAACAAGGCAUAGGGAUCAAGACAAUCGCAAAUAGUUUACCAAAAUCUGCAGGGAUUCUAAGCGAAAGGACAACAGAUGAACCUGCUUACACCGGUAUUCCUUUGUGUAACUUUAAGGGGACACCGACUUCUCCACAAGAGACUCCAAAGUUGAGAAGGCUACCUGAAUUUUGGAUGAUAAGCAGUCCUACAAAGGAUAACUUCCUUGAAGAAGAGAGGCACUUCCUUUACAUGGCUACCACUUUGAGGCAAGAAAUGACAUUGUUCGAUGGUGAAAAUGAUGCUGAUCAAAUGGACUUAAAGCAUUCUGGGAGAACAAAGCUAUCCCCCCAGAAAUAUUCAUGUGCCGACAGAAAAUGUUCUUUCUCGUGUGGAGAGGAAGAUAUUGCUGAGUCUGGGUCAGAGUCAGAUCUCUCUGAAUAUGAUAACAUUUGUUCCCUUGUUGAUUUGGAACCAAUGAGUGAAGACAUUAAAAGAAGCAUGCUAAAAUCAGAGCUCAACACUCAAAAUGAGGCAGUUGAAAAAUGCUCUCAAACAACCACUGCAGCAAGUGUAAUGAGUGGGAUUGAAGAGAUAGAAGGCAUCAUGAGUCGGGUGAGUCUCACCACUUCAAACUGGAUUAAAAAAAAUGACCCAAGGGAUGAGAUGGAAAGUGAACGUAUGGAUGAUGAGGCUCUGCAUCGCUUCCAAGAUAAAGAGUGUGAAUAUAAGAAGCACAACGUGAUUGAUGAAUUUCGUUGUUCGAGCGAGGAGCAUAGUAAAGGUCUCCACCGAACUUUGAAGAUGGAAAGAGAACAAAAAGAUGGUCUCUUGGAAACAGCAAAGGGGCCUGUGAGAAUUUCAUCGUAUCAUAGGCAAAUUUCAACACAGGAUAACAAGUCCAUGUCAAGCUAUUUGUCAAAAAGUGCAGGAAUCUCCAAUAGACCCUCAACAUCUCCCAGCCUCUCUCCAUUAUUAGCAUCGAGAUACAAUCAGCAGAGAGAGGACAUCUGUAACCAACACAAAUGGACAAGUUCAGCCAACGACAGCUGGAGUGAAAAGGAGGAAUUGGAUCGGACAAAUCACAGAUGGAGAGAGGAGACACAGAUGCACAGAUGCCUCAGUAAAUAUGAGGUCGAUCAUGAUAACUCAGAUGAGGCUCUGCUGAAACAGGAGGAUGUCUGGCAGCAGGAAAUCGAGGACUCCCUGACAUUCUGCAGGUGGUUCUCUCACCCCUCUCGACCUAAGCUCAUCGACUUCCUGCGUAUCACCGCCCCCGAGGAUGAUAUCAGCAGGACGCCCACUCCCGUGUUCCCAGAGCUUAGGUCAGAGACAUCCAGUCCAGUAGAAGAACGGACUCCUGGGCGUCUCCAUGCAGUAUGGCCUCCACCAAAAGAGGAGAUAGUUGGUCUGAAGUACACCGAGGCAGAGCACCAGGCUGCACUUCUGCAGCUGAAACGCGAAUGCAAAGAAGAUGUGGAGAAGUUACAGGAGGACUUUGGUCAGGAACUCUCAAAACUAAGAGCAGAAAAUGAGGCCACGGUGUCCCGACUGAAGCUCACCCUGGCUGAACUGCAGUCCAAGCUCUCUAAACUUGGCAGCCUCAGACGUGGCGAGCUCAGAGACGCAGCGGUGUCCACACAAGAUGACAAAUUUCCACACAAAGCAUUCCGCACUGUCUGCAUCCAGACUGACAGAGAGACCUUCAUCAGGAGUGAUGACGACAACCAGAGGAGAGACUGUAGCCCAACUCAGCAGCAGAGGGUGACUCCUAAAAAACUAGACUUGGCUUCCAUCAGUUUAAGCCUGGCAGGUCAGCGAGAAGGAGGACCACUGUGUCAAUCUGGGAGACAUCAUGCACCAAGCAAUGCUGUCACUCCUCCUCCUCCACCACCACUGCCAUGUUCGUCACCAAUGCUAACCCAUGAACAAACAAUUAAAGCCCCACCACCAGCUCCACCUUUGCCAAGUUCAUCACAAACGCUGACCAACAAACAAACAUACAAAGUAUCACCACCUCCUCCACCACCACCUCCACCUGCUCCGUUUAUAUCAACUGCCGGUCCCCCACCACCUCCACCCCCACCAUUCAUGUCACAUUCAACAUCCCUGACUCCUAGAAAACCUGUGGUGGAGCCUUCGUGUCCCAUGAAGCCUCUGUACUGGACUAGAAUUCAGAUUGAGGACAACAAGAACAACACAGUGUGGAAUGUUUUGAAAGAACCACAUAUCAUGAACACAGUUGAGUUUGAGGAUCUGUUUGCAAAAACCACCACAAGACUCAAAAGAAAACCACUGGUGGAGAAUUAUAAGAAAACAAAAGCCAAGAAGAUCAUUAAGCUGCUGGACGGUAAGCGCUCUCAGGCUGUGGGCAUCCUCAUGUCAAGCCUCCACCUUGAGAUGAAAGACAUCCGACAAGCUAUUCUGACUGCGGAUAACUCCGUGGUGGACCUUGAGACUAUUGAGGCACUGUAUGAAAAUAGAGCCCAGCCAGACGAACUGGAGAAGAUCAAGACACAUUACGAGGCAUCCAAGGAAGAAGAGUUAAAACUCUUGGACAAACCUGAACUGUUCCUGUAUGAGCUCUCACAGAUUUCAGACUUUGCAGGGCGAGCUCGCUGCAUCAUUUUCAAGGCAGCCUUCAAUGAUGGGAUGGCAUCCAUUCAACAUAAACUUCACAUGAUGUCGUCUGUGUGUGAGGCUCUGUUGGAAAAAGGUGGUGUGAAGGAAGUACUGGGACUGAUCUUGGCUUUGGGCAAUCACAUGAAUGGAGGCAACAGGCUCAGAGGCCAAGCUGAUGGCUUCAGUCUAGAGAUCCUUCCGAAACUCAAAGACGUUAAGAGCAGGGACAAUCGCAUCAGCCUGGUGGACUACGUGGUAUCAUAUUACCUUCACAAUGUUGACAAGAAUGCCGGAACAGACAAGAGUACUUUCCCCCUCCCUGAACCUCAGGAUGUCUUCUUGGCAGCACAGCUCAAUUUUGAGGACCUCAAUGCACAGAUCAAAAAGCUUGGCAAAGAUCUCGCAGGAUGUGAAAAAGAUGUGCAGAAGGUCUGCACGGAAACCCCUGAAGAACAUCUGCAGCCAUUUAAAGACAGAAUGGAGACAUUUGUUCUCAGUGCACGCAAGGAACAUAUUGGAGCAUCCUCUCAGUUGAUUACAGUACAAAAAAGUUUCCAGGACUUGUGUGUAUACUUUGGACUUAAACCAAAAGCGGGAGAAAAGGAGAUGACGUCAAGUCAUUUCUUCAUGCUGUGGUUUGAGUUUUGUGCAGACUUCAACACCAGGUGGAAGAGGGAGAAUCGGAACUUCACUAAAGAAAGGUUAAAAGAGGCCCAGCAGUCAGUGAAACAGAUCACAGCAGAGAAGAAAGUGGAGACCAGGAAGAUAAACCCUAACAGUCUUAAAGAACGUCUGCGGCAGAAAGAAGCUAAUAAGACCCCAAUUUACAGUUUUCAAAAAUAACACAAUCAAAUGCUAUUUAUACGAUACAGUAGAACCUUCGCAUCUGAAGAUGCUUCCAUAGAAGGGUAUAAAAAUGCGGCAAAAAGGAAAAUGAGUGACCAACCAGAAAUGUACUUAUUGUGACUUAGGAAAAGUGUACAUGAAAUAUUUUUGUUUUAAAUAUUGUUACUCAGAGUGCACUGGUUAGCUAUUUUUCUUUUCAUUUUUUUAAAGUUGUAUUUUAAAAAAAACACUACAGGCCAAGCUUUUCAGGGGACAUCUCUGUUUGACUCUGGAACUGGAUUAUCCAAAUUUAUCUAUAAAUGUGACCAUUUUGAUUCAACUGAUCUAUCAUUCUGAUAUCCUCAUGGUGCAGGACCCAAUGGGUCAGGAUCAAAAUCAUCUCAUCUCAUUCAUUUCCUAAUUACAAAAGGUUGCUUUGGCAUCAAUAAAGACUGACACCUUCAAGGUUGGCCACUGAAAACGGAGAUAGGAAAAACCUGAAUAAUGUGUAGUAACUAUUCUUUUACCACCUUAAUCUCCAUUUGUUACUUUUCAAGUAUUUAUCAUGGUUCAGGGUCAUGGGUGAUCUUGAAACUUUUUUUCUUUUUAAUAUAUCUUCUGUCUUUUAAAAUAUUUAUGUACAAAUAAAUUACUACGUGCAAUUGUGUUUCAUAUUUUAUUUCCAAACAAAAGAGUGUGAUACACAAAUCUCAAUCAAAUACUGUACACUGUUGAAAACUAACCGAUAAUUACAGUAUGUGGAUCAAGGCGCUUAUUGGUGACCCUAUACUUGCCUGAACACCCCCACCCCCCUCCCCAAUAAUCGAAGUUAUUGAACUUUUAGUUGAAAUUGUGUACUAAGUCACUCACGUACACCAACAUGGACUGUAAUUUUUUCAAAGCCUUCACUUAUGUUAGUUGUCUGUAAACCGAAAAUGUGACAACAAUAGUGCAGUUCGCACAUUGUUUUUGAAGCUGCGCUGCGCAAUCUUUUUUUUUCCGGUUGAUGUAUUUAUUCAAAUGUAUAAAAAAUAUUUUCAUGUAAUAUUAACUCUGAAUGAUAGAAAAUUAGGUUUAAUAGGAAUAACUUGACUCUUUGGAAUUUUAAAAAAAAAAAAAAGUUUUUAAAAAAAAAAAAGUCUCGUUUUUGUCACAUGACCAAAUUUACGUAUCCUGAUUGGGUAUUUAUGAUGUCUUGAAGUUGAAA